CCCCGGCGGAUGGGCAGCGAGGGCGCGCAUCUCUGUCCUCCGCUUGUGAAGCGACUGCAGGGGAGCCAGAUGCCCGACUGCGAGCCGCUGCCUGUGGAUACCUUUCCCAAAUGCCAGAGCAGGCGAGAACCACAGACACAUUUCACCCUCUGGCAGUGAGCGGAGUAAGAAUUGUUUUUUAUGUUUUCCUCCUCCUCCUCCUCCUCCUCCUCCUCUUCCCUCUCCCCUCCAGCUUGCCUCGCUCUCUCUGUUUCAACCUCUGCUUCAGAUGAGGAGCUUCCUUGGACUUGGAGUACCGGGCAUCAGUAGAAAAAAACCCCGUUAUCCCACAGCUCUGCUGCUGCGGCGCUGCUGCCUGUGAGCGCGUCCUCUCGCUGCUUGGGAAUAUACAGCUUUGCCUAUAUGCGCAAAACCAUGGAGAUUAUAUGACGUGGAUUUAUUUUUUGAACAAAACUGGACAUCUACAGUAACGACGUCCCUUCUGUUUUUUUUUUUCCAUUUUUGUUUUUUUGCAUUGCCUUUUGGCGUUCCUCUCUUCUGUUCUUUCCUUUGAUCUACAUGGCUACUUUAUGAUUUCAUGUCCUUAGCGGUUCUUCCUUGUUUUUAUUUAUUUAUUUAUCUAUUUAUUUAUUUAUUUAUUUUGUACACUUCUUAUUUUUUUUGGUCCGUUUCGGAGGCGCAGAAGUGGGAUGCCUCGCAGAGAACAUUUGUGGGGAGAAGAAUCCGCGCAGCAGCAGCGAGGAGGCUGAAUGAAUGAUAGUCUCCCUCUCCAUCUGAGACGUGCCAUGGAUGGGAAACUUAAUUUGUUUCCACGGAACCGAUCGGGGAAUAGCCGUCGCAUCAAAUAACUAGGCUACCGCUGACAGCGAUCAGGACGAAUGUCAUAGGAUGAACACUGCUGGUGGGGUGUGUCUGUCUGUGCUGUCCUCUCUCCUGGCCGUGGCUGGGGCCCUGGCUGCUGUGUCUGCCCUCGCUCUAGCUCCUCUCUCUGCCCUGGCUGAGGCUGCUCAUGGGGCUGCCGAUGGCAUCCCCAGGACCGGGGCAGAGGGGGCCCCCUCACCCAUCUCCGCGCCAUGCUCCAGCCUUGUAGCUGGGGUGCUCUAUGGGUCUUUCUCCCUAAGGGAGCUGUUCCCCUCCAGGGCGCCAGGCUGUUCUUGGUCCCUGGAAAACCCAGAUCCCACCAAGUACUCCCUCUACCUCCGCUUCACCCGCCAUCCUGUCAUCUGCCGGACACACUCCCCCAUGCUCCUCUCUCUUGACCACCACCUAGCCAAUCAAAGCUGUCCCCUUCAUUUAAAGUCGGCCAGGAAUCAGGAUCAGGAAGUCAUUGAUCUCUGUGGCAGCCAAUCCAACUCAGAUGGACCUUACUCCUUCCUACAGUUUGAUAAGAACUUUGUCCAACUAUGUCUAACGAGACAUCCAGCUGCUGAUGAGCCUCAGGUAACCAAGGAAGUGCUGGAGCUGAGACUGGUAGAGGUGUUACUCAUCAAUAAUGAGAACUCCAGUCAGUUUACCUGUGGCGUGCUCUGCCGAUGGUUUGAGGAGUGUUUACGCACAGGACACAAUGGAGAUCAGGAGGUUUCCAAUGGAGACGGCUGCGGGAUGACCCAGACAGGAUGUAUCUGUCCAAACCACAACAUCAUGGCGCCACCUAUUCCGCUGCUCCCGGAGACACCCCACAGCUUCAGCAAUGGUUCACUGGUUCCUGAUGACUGCUGUGUCACCGAGCUGCAUUCCAAUGAUGCAAUCGCCAUAGCACCCAGAGAUGUUCGACAAGAUCCAUAUGAUGACGAUUUGAAGGUGAAGACCCAGAGACCACGAUCAGCUGACCAGCCAGGUGUGUUUCAGGCACAAACAGGUGACCCCGCAGCAGAGGAGUGGUCACAGUGGAGCGUGUGUUCGCUCACGUGUGGGCAAGGCUGGCAAGUGAGGACGCGAUCGUGUGUUUCCUCUCCCUAUGGGACACUGUGCAGCGGCGCCCUGAGGGAAACGCGCAUGUGCAACAACACCGCGUCCUGUCCGGGUGAACCUGGGAUCACAGGCUCAGUGAAUGGGCUGUGGGAGGAGUGGUCAUCAUGGAGUCUGUGCUCUGUGACCUGUGGGCGGGGCUCCAGGACGCGAACCAGGAAGUGUGUGAACGGCGGCGUGGCCGUGGCUUGCGGACGGCCUGAGAUUCAGACCAAACUCUGCAACAUAGCAGUGUGUCCUGUUGAGGGCCAGUGGUUGGAGUGGGGGCCGUGGUCGAGAUGCAGCGUGACUUGUAACACGGGGACCCAGCAGAGGCAGAGACGCUGCAGUGCGUCGGUGCACGGUUGGGCUGAAUGUAAGGGCCCCCAUCAGGAGAGCAGAGAAUGCACCAACCCUUCAUGCGGCGGUGGAGGUAACUGGGGCAGCUGGAACCACUGGAGUCUCUGCAGCAAGACAUGUGACUCCGGUUGGCAGCGUCGCUUCAGGAUGUGUGAGGGCACCGGUGUACAGGGCUACCCCUGCGAUGGCUCAGGAGAGGAAGUCCGGUCCUGUAACGAGAAGAAGUGCCCUGCUCCUCACGAGAUAUGUAAAGAUGAGCACCUUCUCGCUAUGUCGUGGAAGAGAGCAUCGGCUGGAGAGACUGUCUACAACAAGUGUCCAACUAACGCCACUGGAUCUGCUAGUCGUCGUUGCAUGCUGGACAAUAAUGGAGUUGCUUUCUGGGGUCCUCCGAGCUUCGCCAGAUGCGUCUCACUUGAAUAUAGAUAUUUACAUUUAUCUUUACGAGAGCAUCUCGCGAAGGGUCAGAGGACCCUGGCUGGGGAGGGCAUGUCUCAGAUCGUAAGGAGUCUCCUGGAGCUCUUGCAGAGGAGGAGCUACUACAGUGGCGACCUUCUCUUUUCCACGGAGAUCUUGCGAAAUGUGACGGACACCUUCAAAAGAGCAACCUACAUCCCAGCUCCCGACGACGUGCAGAAAUUCUUCCAGAUAGUCAGUCACAUGUUGGACAUGGAAAAUCUAGAGAAGUGGGAGGACGCUCACCAGGUCGCUCCCGGUGCUGCUUUGCUGAUGAGGAUAUUAGAGGAUUUCAUUCACCUCAUCGGAGAAGCCCAGAAGCCUUUUCAGAGUUUUCUAGUGGUUACGAACAACCUCAUGAUAACCAUCCAACGAGAGCCGGUGUCUGCAGUUUCCAGUGAUAUCAACUUCCCCAUGAAGGGCCGGAGAGGGAUGAAGGACUGGGCCAGAACAGCGGAGGACAAGCUGUACAUCCCUAAAGAGGUCUUCACCGUCCCCACUGAAGAGACAGAGACAGACUCAGAGUCUACAAUGUACUAUGUCAUUGGAGCCGUCCUGUACCGGACGUUGGGCGUCAUCUUACCUAUGCCAAAUCCCCCUGCAGUGAUCAACUCCAAGAUCUUGACAGUGACAGUACGACCGGAACCGCAACCGAGUGAGCCCAUGGUGGUUGUGGAGCUGUCACCGCUUUUGAAUGGUACAUCAGAUCCUCAGUGCGUUGUCUGGGACUAUGGCAACCCGGAAGCUGGCGCAGAAAACUGGGGCACAGAAGGCUGCCAAACGCUCGCAUCAACCACUGUCCACACCAAAUGCCUGUGCAGCAGGAUAUCCACCUACGCCGUGUUAGCGCAGCAAGCUAAAGACCCGGACAUGGGUCCUACCAGCAUGCCCUCUGUGCCCCUCAUGGUGGGCUGCGGGGUUUCCUGCACCGCUCUGCUCAUCCUGCUGCUCAUCUACGCUGCCUUCUGGAGGUAUAUCCGUUCGGAGAGAUCCAUCAUCUUGGUGAAUUUUUGCCUCUCCAUCCUGGCCUCCAAUUUAUUGAUUUUGGUGGGACAAUCUCAAACGCUUAGCAAGGGCCUCUGUACUGUGACUGCUGCCUUCCUGCAUUUCUUCUUCUUGGCGUCCUUCUGCUGGGUGCUGACAGAGGCCUGGCAGUCCUACCUGGCUGUCAUUGGCAAAAUGAGGUCGCGACUGAUUCGCAAGCGUUUCCUGUGCCUCGGCUGGGGUCUUCCAGCCCUAGUUGUAGCAGUGUCGGUGGGUUUCACCAGAGCAAGAGGUUACGGCACAGCCAGCUACUGCUGGUUAUCCUUGGAGGGCGGUCUGCUUUAUGCCUUUGUUGGGCCUGCUGCUGUCAUUGUAUUGGUGAAUAUGCUCAUUGGAAUUGUGGUGUUUAACAAGCUCAUGUCUCGAGACGGCAUCUCAGACAAGUCUAAAAAGCAACGAGCGGGUGUCCCAGCGGAGGCGCGUAGCCGACUGCUCCUGAAAUGCUCCAAGUGUGGCGUGAUCUCGAGCACCGCUCUGUCCAGCUCGACUGCCAGCAGCGCCAUGGCCUCUCUGUGGAGUUCCUGUGUGGUUCUUCCUCUGUUAGCAUUAACCUGGAUGUCAGCUGUGUUGGCCAUAACCGACCGGCGUUCCACGCUCUUCCAGGUCCUUUUUGCCGUCUUUGACUCUGUCCAAGGUUUUGUCAUCAUCACCGUCCACUGCGCAAUGCGCCGGGAGGUGCAGGAUGCAGUGCGCUGUCGGAUGGGGGGAUGUAAAGACGACAGCGAAAACUCACCAGACUCCUGCAAGAAUGGACAGGUGCAGAUCAUGAAAUGUCCAAAUGUGAGCUACUGUGGGCAGCAGUGUGGUUCUCUGCGUUACGGCACAUCCCCGUGCCUGUCAGGUUGCCACCCUCAGCAACUCCCAACAUCGUGCCACCCGGCAUGCCAGCAAGGCUGUUACCACAGUCUGCUCCGCGGCACCAACAACCAAGGGCUAGACUACACCCAGGCCCUCAACCACGCACAUGAGCAUAACCCCAUCCUGAACAACACCCACAACCACGCUCAUAACCAUAACCACUCCCACAACCACAUCGGCAGCCAACCAACGGAUUUUGAGAAGGAUGUGGACUUGGCAUGUCAAACAGUCAUUUUCAAGGAGGUCAACACGUGUAACCCGGCCACCAUCACUGGGACCCUUUCCCGCAUCUCCUUGGAUGACGAGGAUGAUCCCAAGCUGGCAGCGCAUCAGGAGGGGGGAGUCGGAGUCAACUUCAGCUCCCUCCCUGGGAACAUUCCUCCUCCCAACCUCAUUGUACAGGUUCCGCCCCUUGGAGGCCUCAAUGAGCUGAGUGAGACGCCCCUAAAGAAGGAGGUGAAUGUGGACCAGCAGAGACAGCAGGGGCAGCAGCGUAGCGGCGCUCCAAUCUACCUGUGCACCGAGAGCGGCCUGGGCUGGGCGCGGCCGCCCGCUUCCUCCAACAAUUCCCAGGAUGGAAGUGCCGGAAGCGGAGGAAGUGGAGGAGGAGGGGGAGGAAGUGGCGGAGGAGGGGAGGGAGACUACAUGGUCUUACCUCGUAGGACGGUCAGUCUCAAACCUCCAGCGCCCUCCUCCCAAGGAGGCCUGGGACUGGGGGGCGAGGACAAGCCUCUCAACAUUGCGGUGGAGGAUCCUCCCUUCCCUCCGCCUCCCUCUCCCCUGACCCUCCACCCAGCUGAGAGCGAAGCCUACCCGGCAGAUUUUGUGCCGUCCAGUGUGGGCGACAUGAACAUCACCAUGAACCUCAACCGCUCCUAUGGGACGAUCAAAACCAUGCCCCACGGGCACGGCCACAUGAUGGCUCAGGGUAGUCUUGUACACUCCCACGGAGGACACAUGCACACCCACGGGCAUUCCCUCCAGCUGAAGCCCGGGCAGAGGCCAUCGGUCCGACAGAUUCUGACGGGGGGAACUACAGUGGAGAGAACCAGGACCCUGCCGCGCAACCUGGGCAGCACUAACGCCAACACCAGCCUCUCAGCAGGAUCCCUGGAGAGGAAAAGAGUACGGUACUCUGAGCUGGACUUCGAGAAAGUGAUGCACACUCGCAAAAGACAUUCUGAGCUGUACCAUGAGCUCAACCACUCGUCCAAGUUCCACACCAUAGACAGGUAUAGCAGGGACGCAGCCAUGUCCACAUUCAAGAGGGAAAAGCGAUGGAGCAUUUCGUCUGCCGGAGGUGAAAAGAACUCGUCGAGUGACAAGUCAACCCCGGAGGACCAGAGCUCCUGGGACAGCUUCAAGACCAUGACUCCCGAGCUGUCCAUCGUGCCUGGUGAGCAGAAGGAUCGAAUGGAGCUGCACAAUAAGAACUGGGACUCCUCCUCUGCUAACACACCCGACUCAUCCGAGGGAGACUUCCAGACUGAAGUUCCAGUUCAACAAUCCCAUCCAUCCAUUCCUCUCACAUCCUCUGUGUCAACAUCGUAUUCCCCCAUUUUUUGUGUGUAUUUUCUAUGCUUUAGUUUAAAGAAUGUCCUUCCCUAUGGUUUGAAACUUUUAAUGAAAAAAUAAUACGACUGAAACAAAUAACUUCCAACUGAGUUGUGUUCUAUGGUUUAACUGUUGAAGAAGAAAUGAUUUAUUUUCAGACUGGUUUGUUUGGUUUUUUUUCUUCAUUGUUUUUUCCCUUUUUUUCAUUUCCUGUGAGGAUUAACCCAUGUGGAACUUUUAAAAAAAAAAAAUGAUUUAGGACACACACAGCACAUAAAUGUGAGCUUGCUUUCUGAGGUAAUAUGCUCUGCGUGUCAUCUACCCAUGAGGGAAAAGAAGGAUAGUUAUUGUCAUGCAGAUUCUUUUUUUCCCCUACUGCUUGGAGAUAAAAGGCCUUUAAAGAUUGCUGCAUCUGAAUCCAUUUCAGCCAUCACCAAUCAUAGUGAUGCCAGAAAAAGAUAAUAUCUCAGUCAUUUUCAGCCCAAAUGGAAUCUAUGCUAGCUCUGUUUAGCAUCUCUCAGCGUCAAAAAUGUAUGGCUUACAGUGAACUAUUGAUCAGUUCAACGGGGUAACUCUUUUUCUUCUUUUACCAACAAUUUAAAAUCACACAUGACUUCCUCUGCUUUCUUCUACCACCUCCUUCACUUCUCUCCUUCUCUGUUCUGCUCGUUCUGCCCACCCUCCCAGGAGGCAUGAAAUCUUGAUUUUAGCAGUGAAGCCAGUUGUAUAAUUCCUCGUUCACAUGGAUCCCUCUCUGUAUGAUUGUAUCCUGCACUUGUGAGCGCAGCAGCUGCAGAAAGAGAGAGCGAAACAGAAAGAAAGAAAGUCAAACAUAAGGCAACAAGGUGACUUGACACACUGAAGAGGAAAAAAAAAAAAGCCAAUAGUGAUUCUUUCUACUUGACAUUCUACAUCCGUACUUCAGUCACUACAAGAGGACCACCAGUUUCCUGCUGUUGCUACAUUAGCAAAUCAGCCCUCCACACACCACAAAUACAAAUCAAAUCAAAUUUAUUUAUAUCAAAGGUUUAAAACAACCAGUUGACCAAGGUGCUGUACAAAUUUUAGGCAUCAAAAGUAAAAAGGCACAAGUAAUAGAAAAGGCACGAAUAACAACAAUGAAUGCCAAUGAUGAAAUACAAGGCAACAUCAAAAUAUGUGCAAAAAUGUAAAAUAGAAAACAGAAUAAAAGAUCACAUAACAUUUGAUUGAAGAAGACAAACGGCUAUUCCAAAGCUUUGGAGCUGCCACUGCAAAGGUGUGAUCUCCCUCACCCACUAGCCCCAAUCAGGGAACAAUUAAAAACAAUUCUUCUUAGGAUCUAGAAUUGGAGUAUGGCCAGAGGAGUAUGCACAGGGUUGCCAACCCCUUGGCUUUAAAAACAAAUAAAAUAACCUUGAAUCCAAUCCUGUUUUUGACAGGUAGAGCCAAUGGAGGGAUGCUAGUACUGGUGUAAUGCAGUCUCUUUUUCUGGUACUAGUUAGGAGUCUCGCUGCAGCAUUCUGCUUCAGCUGCAGGCAAGACAAAGAGGACUGACCAAUACCCAGGUACAAUGAGUUGCAAUAAUCAGCCUUGAGUAGAUCAAUGCAAUGGUAACAGUCCUCAUAUUGUUGAGAGAGGGGAUGGACUUCAGUUUAGCAGUGCUGAAGAUAGUAGCCUUUCACCACAGAGUUGAUCUGUUUGUCAAAUGUCCAUGCAAGGUCAGAGAUGAUACCAAGAUUCCUGGCAUGGGCAUGAAAGUUUGAUGUAAUUGGCCCUGAGUGGAUAGCUAUACUUCUUGUGGUGUUGGGGGGACCAAAAACACUUGUCACUUCUGUCUGGUUGUCAUUCAACUGAAGAAGUUCACAUCCUGGUGGCAAAUAAGGAUGGAUGUCAUAGAGUCAGAAUCCCCCAGAUUCAAUGGAAGGUAUAUUUUCGUGUCAUCAGCAUACCAGUGAAAGGAGACGUGUUUAGGGAAGAUAGAGCCUAAAGAGAGCAUAGACCAAGCAAAUAAAAUGGGCCCUAAAAUGGAACCUUGAGGUACUCCACAUGUGAUUGUGGCACUAGUGAAGGAGAAGGUUCAAAUCUUAACAGAGGACCUGUAUGUUAAGUAGGAGGCCAACAACUUGAGUUGGAUGCCAACCUGGUCCUUAAGACAGUUUAAAAGAAUGCAAUGAUCAACUGUGUCAAAAGUUGUGCUGCAGUGUGAAAAAAUUAAAACAGCACAUAGACCUAAAGACAGCAGUGGUCAUCUGAAACCGAGGCCUGAUUGGAGUCUAAAUAAGACAGAAGCUGUGCGUAGACAACUUUCUCUAGAACUUUGGAUAGGAAUUGGAGUUUGGAGAUUGGACAGAAAUGAUUUAGUUCUGCUUUGUCAAGGUUAGACUUUUUAAUAUUUUUAAUACAAGACUGCAUUCUUUAAAACAGGACAGGACAGUUUGAUUUGCAAGACUGUUAUUUAUGAUUAGAGAAAUUGAAGGUCCAACAGUGUCCAAUACUUCCUUUGGAAAGUAUGUAAGAAAAUAUGUACAUUGUAACUUUUAUGGCUCGAUAACUUUUCUUUCCAUGGUCAAAGCAGCUCUCUGUAGAAAGAGAUGAGAGACAAUUUAGCAUGUGUGAGAGAAAAUGGUCUCCAAGGAAAAAGAUCCAAAAAUAUAUAUAGAGAAAGCUAGAGGUGCAGAUUAAGAAGGGGGAGUGCUCAAAACAGUAAUUAUCCAGGGAUGGCGAUUUGUCCUGACAUUUUCCAAUGCAGCCCUCAAACCAUCUGUUUAAAGAUCCCUAAUGUGGUAGUAGUGCAGCGCAGCGCAGAUGGCGAGACAAGAGUGGGGCCCUUCUAACCUUUCAAGCUAAUCAGCUGAUAGGCAAACGUACAGCUCGCCUCCCCCCAGGGGAGCGAGACAGGUUCGGCCUCAAGUUGCCCAGUUAAGGUCACAUUCACCUGACCUUCUGUGAAGCUAAGGAUCCAAAUCUAUUGUACAGUGUGUCCAAACCGAAAAAAAGCAGCACUCCGAAAGCUACACAAUCUCAAUAAAUGGGUGUUACUCUAUGACAGAAAAAAACAAAUGAAACAGAUUUGACCUUGACACAGACAAAUUAGAUUUUUUUUAUUUGUAAAACUGAACAUUUUAGAGAGAAAUGUCUAGAUGAAUCUCCAUAAAGCCUUGUUCCCAUGGUAACUUGCAGAAAGAAAGUAAGUAAGAAAGAGAGAAUGCACGCUAAGAUUUUGUUACGUCUUAUCAGUGAGAUUUUCCAUAUUUUGUCAUUUUUCUCUCAGUCCUCAUUGAGUUUUCAGGCUCAACAAGAGACUGGAUUUUUACUUUUCAUCCUCAAGAACGGUAAGUGAGAUGCUGCUCAACUGACUGAGAUAGAGAUGUUUGACUGAUUAUUCAAAGGUGCCACCACUACUAAGGAUCAUCUUGCAUCUUGUUUGCUACGAGAAACGCUGAUGUGACUAACAUGAGAUGAUGCUGGUCAGCUGGUCAGGGUAUUUCAGCUAUGUUUUCUUCUUCUGUUAGAUGCCUGCCAAGCUCAGAAAAAAAUAUACGAAACACUGAUAAGCAAACCUGCAAGUUUAUUCCAUGUGGAAGCCAAUUUCUAUGUUCACUUUCACCUCCACCCCUUCAGCCUUUGAUGCUUAGGUGUAAACCGACUGCUACAACCAUCCAACAUUCCAGUUGAUUUAUUUCUGACAAACCCUCCCUUUCCUUUUCUCCCUCAUUUUUGUUCUUUUUAUACAUAAGAUUGUACAAAGUAGUCCUCUAAUGUUUUCAUAGUGUCUUUUUAUAUGAAAAUAAAUUUUCAAAUUGA